UUUGUCAUGGCAGCAGCAGGAGUGUUACAUCGGGGCACCUCUUUGAUGAGGAUGCGACUUCUGUUCCAGGCGCCAAGAGCGAGGCUUGGUUGGUGGCACCCGACUCAUUCGGGGCGAGGAGGAAGCGAGGUGCAUGGAAAACCCAGGUGUUUCAGAAAAGGGCUUGCAUUCUCAGUACUGUCUUACUUGGGAUAUGAAGCAUAUGUAUUAAUGUCCCAGUCUUCUAUGGUUCAUGCUGAUGACCACAGUGACAUUCUAGAUCAAGCAGACUACCUGUAUGGAAGUGGAGAAACUGAAAAACUCUGUCAUUUGCUGGAGCAGCACAAAAACAGUGAAAAUGCAGAGUUACUGUGGCGCCUGGCACGAGCAUCACGUGACUUAGCUCAACUUAGUCAGACUUCUCCAGAGAAAAAGAAAGAGUUGACAUAUGAAGCCCUUGAGUAUGCAAAGAAAGCCCUUGAAAAAGACUCAUCCUGUUUUGCAGUACACAAGUGGUAUGCCAUCUGCAUCAGUGAUGUGGGUGAUUAUGAAGGAAUAAAGAAGAAAAUUGCAAAUGCGUUUGUUAUCAAGGAACACUUCCAGAAAGCGAUUGAACUGAAUCCCAAUGAUGCCACUUCACUUCAUCUUAUGGGCAUUUGGUGUUACACAUUUGCUGAAAUGCCAUGGUACCAAAGCAAAAUAGCUGCAGUUUUAUUUGCAACCCCACCCAGCUCCACCUAUGAUGAGGCUCUGCGGUACUUUCAGAAGGCUGAAGAUAUUGAGCCAAACUUCUACAGUAAAAAUUUGCUGUUCUUGGGAAAGACAUUCAUGAAGUUAAACAACAGAAAGAUGGCCCUUUUGUGGCUAACAAAAGCCAAGGAACGGGUAGCCCAUACAGAAGAAGAUAAGCAGGUCCAAAAGGAAGCUCAGGAAUUGCUAAAUUCUUUAUGACAAGAUUACUAAUUAAAAUUUAUGGAUAACUUUGAGCCACUACUUUUUGAUCAAAGAACAUAUCGGUUUGCUUUUUUCCUGCUAUGUUGCAUUAAGAGGCGAAGCAAAAGCUCAGAUUUUUCUGAAGUCCCUCUUUGCUGUAUCAAAUUAUAAGGUGACAGGUGUGUUGAAAGGCAAAAAAAGCACCUUAAUUGCUCUUUUCUCCAAAGUAUGGUUACCUGUAACUAGUAACGUAUCUUUCCAAGGUAAUUUUCGUUUUCUGGAAGAUGUGGAGGAACUGAUGUCAUCAUUGGAACUGAUAUCAGGGGAUGAUUUGUCAGUUCAUCAAUUGGUUUUAGGAGUGUGAGCAAUAUCAGUAAGGAAAGCCUUCUACUGUUAAGGCUUAUAAAUAGUGUUGAAUGUUGGGAUCUUCCGCAGGAAUCGGUAUCUAGAACAAAAAGAGGAUCAGGAUGAAGAAAAUGUAUGGUCUUCAGGGUUGAGAACACUAUCAUUCCAACUUUAAGUAUCACUUUGAAUACUUGUUAUGAGAAAAGCAACUGCCAGUAGAAAUUAGCUGAAAUAAAUAGCUAAGACAGGAGUAUAAUCAGAGAUGCUUAAACACCCACCAGUUUAGCUCAUGCCCUGCUCACCAGUCAUGAAUCAGGAGCUGAUUUUUCAAUUAUCAGUUUGAUAGUUCACCAAACCAUUCAUGGCUAUUCUGCAGCAAGCCUGUAGCCAGAAAUUUCUGGUUGGUGGGGCAGGUAAACUUAAUUAGAUUAAUUUCUACUCUAAUUAGUGGUGAUCUAAUAGGAGAGGGUGAACCUCCCUUUCUACUGUGAUCCAUCGUCUAAAUUAUAUUUUAAGCUCUUCCCCACCCUCAAUGAGCCUGACAACCCCCCCCCAUGAGUCUGACCAGAAAUAACCCCAGAGGAGUUACCACCAGAGUCUCUCGCACCCAAAAUAAGCAGGUGCCUUGCAGCACCAUAGAGACCUGCUGCUAUCCCAGGGGAAGCUUUGGUGGACUAGAGCCCAUGCACUCGGCGGCAGACGGGAUCCUGGGAAGGAAUGCCUCUGAUCUGUGGAUCCAGACCGACGAGAACCUGAAGAAGAGGGCUCCAGUCCACACCAACUUAAGCUGACAUUUCAGCUGCCCUCAGAAUUCUUCCUGUUUCUUUCCCCACCCAGCGUGGGGUCUGAGAAGCCCCCAGAAAGGCUGGCUCAAGGCAUGGCCCCAAGAUACCCCACUGUAGGCUUCUUCACUGUGUUUCUUUUUUGUGCAUGUGCAUUCUCACACAAGCCCAAUGAAUUCUGCUUCCCCAGUCUUUGCUGCACAACUCAGCAGGCAAGUUGUUAACACAGACAAUUAGAUCAGUCACAAAUCAUAUAGAUCAGUGUUUUAAUAAAAUCCUACCAUAAGGAAGGC